AAUUUACAUCCAUUCAUGAAUCUGUGACGUCAGCAAGGCUUUGGGCUCCUUUGAGGUGUGCUGGAGGAUUGUGUGGGUGGAAUCCCCCUCCCCCUUAUUUUUCAAAUUCUGCAAGGCUCUUUAAAUUAACCUUCCAUCUUUUUAAAGCAAGAAAAUGGAACAGCAUGUGUAGGAAUUCUUCAUUGUUGUUUUUGAGCCCUCUCUUGCUGCAGACCUCUGUUCUCCUAAUCCUCUGAAUAGCAUCUCAGGACCUCGGUCACACUCAUGGCACGAUGGCCAAUCCUCAGGAGCACUUGAGCUGCUCCUCUGCUCCACAUUUACCCUUGAGUGAAAACCAAACCUCCAGUGGACUACAAGAUGAACUUAGAGCCAUGGGGACUCACCCUUCACCGAAGCUCCUCGAGGACCAGCAGGAAAAAGGGGUUGUACAAGCAGAACCAGUCGACAGCAUGAACAGCCCCAUCACCACCACAGUGUUGACCAGUGUAAGCGAGGAUUCCAGGGACCAGUUUGAGAACAGUGUUCUUCAGCUAAGGGAACAAGAUGAGUCAGAGAUGGCUGUACCUCAGGGGAACAGCAACACUGUGGAUGGAGAGAACACAAGCGGAACUGAAGACAUCAAGAUCCAGUUCAGUAGGUCAGGCAGCGGCAGCGGGGGGUUUCUGGAAGGACUCUUUGGAUGCUUACGACCUGUAUGGAAUAUCAUUGGGAAAGCAUAUUCUACUGACUACAAACUCCAGCAGCAAGAUACUUGGGAGGUGCCAUUUGAGGAAAUCUCAGAGCUGCAGUGGCUGGGUAGCGGAGCCCAGGGAGCUGUCUUCCUGGGCAAAUUCCGAGCAGAGGAGGUAGCCAUCAAGAAAGUGAGAGAACAGAAUGAGACGGACAUCAAGCAUCUGAGGAAGCUGAAGCACCCUAACAUCAUCGCAUUCAAGGGUGUUUGUACCCAGGCCCCGUGUUACUGUAUCAUCAUGGAGUACUGUGCCCACGGACAACUUUAUGAGGUCUUGCGAGCUGGCAGAAAGAUCACACCUCGAUUGCUAGUAGACUGGUCCACAGGAAUUGCAAGCGGAAUGAAUUAUUUACACCUCCAUAAAAUUAUUCAUCGUGAUCUCAAAUCACCUAAUGUUUUAGUGACUCACACAGAUGCAGUAAAAAUUUCAGAUUUUGGUACAUCUAAGGAACUCAGUGAUAAAAGCACCAAGAUGUCCUUUGCUGGCACAGUUGCAUGGAUGGCACCAGAGGUGAUACGGAAUGAACCUGUCUCUGAAAAAGUCGAUAUUUGGUCCUUUGGAGUGGUACUUUGGGAGCUGCUGACAGGAGAGAUCCCCUACAAAGAUGUGGACUCUUCAGCCAUUAUUUGGGGCGUUGGAAGCAAUAGCCUGCACCUGCCAGUUCCUUCCACUUGCCCAGAUGGAUUCAAAAUCCUUAUGAAACAGACAUGGCAGAGCAAACCUCGCAACCGGCCUUCUUUCCGGCAGACACUCAUGCAUUUAGACAUUGCUUCUGCAGAUGUGCUUGCCACCCCACAAGAAACUUACUUCAAGUCUCAGGCAGAAUGGAGAGAAGAAGUUAAAAAACACUUUGAGAAGAUCAAAAGUGAAGGAACAUGCAUUCACCGGCUAGAUGAAGAACUGAUCCGAAGGCGCAGAGAGGAGCUCAGGCAUGCUCUGGAUAUUCGUGAACACUAUGAGAGAAAGCUUGAGCGGGCUAAUAAUUUAUACAUGGAGCUGAGUGCCAUCAUGCUGCAGCUGGAAAUGAGGGAGAAGGAGCUCAUUAAGCGAGAGCAAGCUGUGGAAAAGAAAUAUCCUGGAACCUACAAACGACACCCUGUCCGCCCAAUAAUCCAUCCUAAUGCCAUGGAGAAACUCAUGAAAAGGAAAUGUGUCCCCCACAAACCUGGGGUGCAGACCAAGCGGCCAGAUCUGUUGCGAUCUGAAGGUAUCCCCAGUACAGAGGUGAUUCCCACUGCAUCCCCUUUGUCUGGAAGUCCCAAAAUGUCCACCUCAAGCAGCAAGAGCCGGUAUCGAAGCAAACCACGCCAUCGCCGGGGGAACAGUAGAGGCAGCCAUAGUGACUUUGCAGCAAUCUUGAAAAACCAGCCAGCCCAGGAAAAUUCACCCCAUUCCACUCACCUACAUCAAGCUCAAUCGCAGUCCCCUUCUCUCCAUCACCAUCAUUCUCUGCAGCAGCAAUACCAGCAACCCCCUUCCACCCAGUCUCAGAACCAUCAUCCCCGACUCAAUAUGCACGGACAGGACAUUGCAACCUGUGCCAACAACCUGAGGUAUUUUGGCCCAGCUGCAGCCCUGCGGAGCCCACUCAGCAACCAUGCUCAAAGACAGAUGCCUGGCUCUAGCCCUGACCUCAUCUCCACAGCUAUGGCAGCAGAUUGCUGGAGAAGUUCUGGGCCUGACCAGGGCCAGGCUUGCCCCUGGGACUGUUGUCAGGCUGACCCUUAUGACCCCUGCCUCCAGUGCAGGCCAGAACAAUCUGGGUGCUUAGACACACCCACAACUGAGCCAGUGGGAAGGAGCCCUGACCUUUCCAAGUCACCAGCACACAGUGCCCUCUCAGAAAAUGCCCAGGGCCCUGAAAAAAUGGAAGAAAAUGAAUUCAAUGGCUAUAGGUCUGCAUCAUCCCUUGGCACCCCUCAUCACAUCACCCCCCCAGUGCUACCUCGAAAAACAAGGCCCCUUCAGAAGAGUGGAGAUGACUCCUCUGAAGAAGAAGGGGAAGUAGAUAGUGAAGUUGAAUUUCCACGAAGACAAAGGCCCCAUCGCUGUAUCAGCAGCUGUCAGUCAUAUUCAACCUUUAGUUCUGAGAAUUUCUCUGUGUCUGAUGAUGGAGAGGAAGGAAAUACAAGUGACCACUCAAACAGUCCCGAUGAGUUAGCUGAUAAACUUGAAGACCGCCUGGCUGAGAAGCUAGAUGACCUGCUGUCACAGACACCCGAGAUCCCCAUUGAGAUAUCCUCACACUCAGAUGGGCUUUCUGACAAGGAGUGUGCUGUGCGCCUUGUGAAGACGCAAAUGUCCCUGGGCAAGCUCUGUGCGGAGGAACGUGGCUACGAGAACCCUAUGCAGUUUGAAGAAUCAGACUGUGACUCUUCAGAGGGGGAGUGUUCUGAUGCUACAGUAAGGACCAACAAACACUACAGCUCUGCUACUUGGUGAUGAAGGAAUCCCCAUCCUGAAGAUCCCAUGACACUGGCAUUUCAAACCCACCCCAGCCCAAGACUCUUCUUCUCUCUUCCUGAUUUUGUCCGGGAUGAGAGCCACCCCAUCUUUACUACCCCCAAGAAAUGAGCUGCAAUAACAGGAACAUGAGACUUUGUAAAUCUCUGGAAAAAUAUAUCCAAAUGAAAUUAAGUCUCAAUGAACAUUUCAAUCAAGAAUGGCAGGGAUCUAUUUUAUUGAAUAUUCUAUCUACUGUAACAUUGAUAUUUAUUUUUGUUGAACAUUUUAACACUUUGUACUGUAAAGAGUGAACUAUAUAUGGUAUAUAGAGAGACAAUAAUUUCUUGCAAAAAAAAAAGAGAGACAAAGAAAAGAA